CCAUGGGACGAUUCGCCACGGAAAGAGCGAAGAAGCUUGUGUUGGCUCCGGUCCCCGUCACUCUUAUCAACAAAUCUUCCCUUCUGCUGCCGCAGCGGCAUCGGCCAUGGGCUCCACUCAAUCUCCUCCGGUUACUUUCGCUUCUAUCAAUCCAAAGGUUUUAAAAUGUGAGUAUGCCGUCCGUGGAGAGAUUGUCAGCCAUGCCCAGCGCUUACAACAAGAGCUGCAAACAAAGCCGGAUUUGCAUCCCUUUGAUGAGAUACUUUAUUGCAAUAUCGGGAAUCCCCAGUCUCUUGGUCAGCAGCCAGUUACAUUUUUCCGGGAGGUUCUUGCCUUAUGUGACCAUCCAUCCAUUUUGGACAAAAGUGAAACUCAUGCCUUAUUCAGCUCGGAUGCUAUUGCACGAGCACGGCAGAUUCUGGAUUUGAUUCCUGGUAGGGCAACAGGUGCAUAUAGUCAUAGUCAGGGAAUCAAAGGCUUACGUGAUGCUAUUGCUGCUGGAAUUACUGCCCGUGAUGGUUUCCCUGCCAAUGCAGAUGACAUUUUCCUAACAGAUGGAGCAAGCCCUGCAGUGCACAUGAUGAUGCAGUUAUUGAUAAGGUCCGAGAAAGAUGGCAUUCUCUGCCCCAUACCUCAGUACCCAUUAUACUCUGCCUCAAUUGCUCUCCAUGGUGGCUCUCUUGUCCCAUAUUACCUUGAUGAAGCAGCAGGAUGGGGACUGGAGAUUUUCCAGGUUAAGAAGCAACUGGAAGAUGCUCGAUCCAAAGGCAUUGCUGUUAGGGCAAUAGUGGUGAUAAAUCCUGGCAAUCCCACCGGACAGGUUCUUGCAGAGGAAAACCAGCGGGAAAUAGUGGAGUUUUGCGAGAAAGAAGGCCUUGUUCUUCUAGCAGAUGAGGUAUACCAAGAAAAUAUCUAUGUUGAAAACAAGAAAUUUAACUCUUUCAAGAAGAUUGCAAGGUCAAUGGGAUAUGGCGAGAAAGAUCUUUCUUUAGUGUCAUGUCAGUCAGUUUCUAAAGGAUACUAUGGGGAAUGUGGAAAACGUGGAGGCUACAUGGAGGUAACUGGUUUCAGUGCAGAUGUGAGAGAACAGAUUUACAAAGUGGCAUCAGUAAACCUCUGUUCCAACAUCUCUGGCCAGAUUCUUGCAAGCCUUGUUAUGAAUCCACCAAAGGUUGGAGAUGAAUCAUAUGAAUCCUUUGCUGCAGAAAAGAAUGGGAUCCUUUCAUCUUUAGCUAGGCGUGCAAAGGCUUUGGAGGAUGCAUUCAAUGGCUUAGUAGGUGUGACAUGCAACAAGGCGGAGGGAGCAAUGUAUCUCUUCCCCCGUCUUCACCUGCCUCAGAAGGCAAUUGAAGCUGCCAAAGCAGUUAAUGCAGCCCCUGAUGCAUUCUACGCUCGCCGUCUUCUCGAUGCCACUGGAAUUGUCGUCGUUCCUGGAUCCGGCUUUGGGCAGGUACCGGGAACAUGGCAUUUCAGAUGCACAAUCCUACCUCAGGAGGAUAAGAUCCCAGCCAUCAUCGCCCGUCUCAAGGCAUUCCAUGAAUCAUUUAUGGGAGAGUUCUGUGACUGAGCCUUCUCUCCAACCCACCUGAGCUGCGUGGCUGAAUUAUCAUCCGAGUCAUCUCCCUGUUUGUUGUAUGACAUAGUUGAAUCAGAAUAAGCGAAACAUCCAUCCUUAUUUUUCUCCCUUCCUGUGGAUGGUGCAAGUGCAUGUUGUCACUGACUGUUGUUUUCCUUUCAGUCACCAGUGGGUUGUGAAAGAUGCUUCCAUGCAGGUUAUUUCAUUUCCAUGAACUACAAACUGCUUUGCAUGUCA